CGCCUCCACGUGGAUUUGGUAGAGAAACCCCGGACUGGGAUCAUGGCAGCCGAAACUUGGAGCGUAGCCGGAGCAGAGGCCCCGACGCCCCAGAAGCGCUACUACCGGCAACGUGCUCACUCCAACCCCAUGGCGGACCACACGCUGCGCUACCCUGUGAAGCCAGAGGAGAUGGACUGGUCUGAGCUAUACCCAGCGUUCUUCGCCCCACUCACUCAAAAUCAGAGCCACGAUGACCCAAAGGAUAAGAAAGAAAAGAGAGCUCAGGCCCAAGUGGAGUUUGCAGACAUAGGCUGUGGCUAUGGUGGCCUGUUAGUGGAACUGUCACCGCUGUUCCCAGACACACUUAUUCUGGGUCUGGAGAUCCGGGUGAAGGUCUCAGACUAUGUACAAGACCGGAUUCGGGCCCUACGUGCAGCUCCUGCAGGCGGCUUCCAGAACAUCGCCUGUCUCCGUAGCAAUGCCAUGAAGCACCUUCCUAACUUCUUCUACAAGGGCCAGCUGACAAAGAUGUUCUUCCUCUUCCCCGACCCACAUUUCAAGCGGACAAAGCACAAGUGGCGAAUCAUCAGUCCCACCCUGCUAGCAGAAUAUGCCUACGUGCUAAGAGUUGGGGGGCUGGUGUAUACCAUAACCGACGUGCUGGAGCUACACGACUGGAUGUGCACUCAUUUUGAAAAGCACCCACUGUUUGAGCGUGUGCCUCUGGAGGACCUGAGUGAAGACCCCAUUGUGGGACAUCUAGGCACCUCAACUGAGGAGGGGAAGAAAGUUCUACGUAAUGGAGGGAAGAAUUUCCCAGCCAUCUUCCGAAGAAUACAAGAUCCCGUCCUCCAGGCAGUGACCCCCCAAACCAGCCUGCCUGGUCACUGACUGCUUACUCUACCUUAGCUGGACCUCGUCUCCCAGGGACUAGAGAAAAGAGCAGGAGUCCUGGGUCUUCCCAGUUGAGACUGCUGUAGCUGAGACACAGUACUCUCUUAAAGAAGGUGGGGAGCUGCCCAGGGCAGCACCCACUGGUGUUCAUGACUACCCCUGGCUCCUCUCACCUUGUCCCUCCGCUGCCAACAGAAAACAAAGCAGCUGACUGAGAUGGUCAAAGGACUUUGGACCAUAGGGGAUCUUUGGAAGGCUGUGGGGUCUUGCUGUCCCUUAGCACUCCCUUCUCCUUGUGAGAUCUCUCCUCAGCUGGAAUGAGGAAUGUAGUCCAUCUAAACUGCUUGCUAGGCUCAAUUACCACUUCUGUUUGCUUUGUGGAUCCUGGGAUAACAUGUAUAUGUGUACACAUGCCUAUUCUGCCAUUUCUCAGGAAAGGGUAGAGUAUGUAUCAUAUGCCUUCUACCAUCCUCCUGUCCUCUCCCUGCGUAAGACUUGACCUGGGGAAUCUGUGUUCCCUAAA